CCCCUUCGAGCCCCAUGCCACAUGUUCCUGGUCGCAUCUCUCAUGGAAGGUGGCCUUCCUUGUGGCAAUCACGUCAGCCCGACGUGUCUCGGAACUCAGGGCCUUAACCUCGGAACCCCCCUAUACGGUUUUCCAUAGGGAUAAAGUCCAGCUCUGCCCACACCCGGCGUUCCUCCCGAAGGUGGUCUCCGCCUUCCAUAUGAAGCAGAGCAUCUUUCUCCCCGUGCUCUGUCCUAAGCCCCACUCCUCUAACGAGGAACAAGCAAAGUCUGGCGAAAGUGCUUGGGUCUUAGGUGGGAAGGUCGGGACUGGAGGCUAACUGAGUGGAGGGAGUGAGAUGCGGUCACCUGCCCCAGCUGGCAGUCAUCCUCUUACAUACAUCUGUGACUGGACAGCUAAACUGUGGAUUCCAUGUCAAGCUUUAAUAUUGAAUGAGAAGGGGACAAAAUUACAGGUCAAUAACCAGUCAGUAAAGGAAAGUAAGAAGUCAGAGGAAAAGGCAGCAAAGGAGUAACAGUGAAAAAAGAGAAAGAUAAAUAUACUACUUUUCCCUCCACUUGUCAGCCAGGAUUGGGUGUGGUGACAUUACUCUUCUGGGCUCUUGUAUCAUUUUAUUCCCCCCCAUAGGGUAGUUUUUCAAUCUCUCUUUUGCCCUAAUUGUAAAAUAAAUUAUGAAUUGGGGGUGAGAGAGGCUGUAUCACAUCCACUGGGAUCUGAUUACAAGUCUUGCUCCUGAGUGACAGCUCAAUCCUGGUGUACAGUGUCAUUCAAACCAUUUCUCCUCUGCCUCACUUGAAGUACACAACAAAGCCCUCUCAGACUGAUAGCAAAGGCAGCAUGCAGGCUGAGAGAAAGCCACCCGGGAAGGAAAAGUUUAAAGUAACUGCCAUAGUUUUGGCUUGAGGGUUAACAGAAGGUCUGGGAGACAGGGGGUGGGAGGAUCUGAUUGCCAGUGACUGGUGGUUUCAGAAAUCAGGGAGAGGGAAGAAGCAGGUCACCAGAACCAGUAAACGACUAGUGUGAGAGAACAAAUAGCCCUUCAUAAAGUUGGGCUUCUGGCUUAUUGGAGAGUUUGCUCUAAAAGAUGGGAGUCCAUUGGGAGUCCAGGCGCCUCCAACUGCUCAAGUGAGAACAUCCAUACACCAGUGACAGCUUCCAAGUAAGUAUAGUGCAGUGAAGGGAUGCACAUAGAUUUGGGGCUGGGGAAGAAAGUACCUGAAACAUUUUUAAGGGGGCCCUGGGAUUCAGUGAAGGGAGAAAAAGGUUCUCUCUGCAGUGUCUUGUGGGGUGUUGCGUAUGCUUUAAGUUUGCAUUCACAGAAUGAAGCAGAUCAGUUUCAUUCCAGACCAGAAUGAGGAGAUGUCUGAGGGCAGCCUGUCUGUGGAAUACCUGUUUCUUGCUGACCAAUCCAACAGCCCAGCAGAGGAAAAGAUGAGAGCAGAUAGCUCUGACACAGACCUAGAGAUUGAAGAUACCGAGAGGUCCUUUGCAACCAUGAAGGGUGCAGAGCUAUAUCUAGAAGCUUGCAAACUGGUGGGGGUGGUGCCUGUCUCUUACUUCCUUCGGAACAUGGAGGAGCCUUACAUGAACCUGAACCAUCAUGGUCUAGGACCCCAAGGUGCCAAAGCCAUUGCCAUCGCACUGGUGUCCAACACAACCAUCACUCAUCUGGAGCUGGAAGAUAACUGGAUCCUGGCUGAAGGAGUCAUGUGUCUGGUACAGAUGCUGCGAGAGAACUGCUACAUUCAAGAGCUGAACAUCUCCAAUAACCACAUUGGCACAGAAGGAGCGGAAGCCAUCUCCAGGAUGUUCCUGGAUAAUAUUUCUAGUCUCCGGGCUGUUCAGCUCUCAGGAAACAACUUUAGGGAGGAAACUGCACAGUACUUCGCCGAGGCACUAGUGGGCAAUUACCGAGUAAAGGAGCUGGACCUCAGCCACAAUGAGUUCUCUGAGAAGGGAGGAGAGCAUCUGGGACAGAUGUUGGCCAACAAUGAAGCACUGGAGUUUCUGAACCUGAGCUGGAACCACUUGCGGAUGAAGGGGGCUGUGGCACUGGGUGCUGGUCUCAGAGUCAAUGGAACGCUGAAGAUACUUGACCUCUCAUGGAAUGGCUUUGGGAAUGAAGGGGCUCUGGCCCUUGGAGAAGCUCUCAAACUCAACAACAUUCUGGUCCAACUGGACAUCAGCAGCAACCAUAUCAACAAUGAAGGGGCAGGGAAGCUGGCCAAGGGGCUAGAGGUCAAUGGAAAUCUCAAAAUCCUGAAGCUGUCUCAUAAUCCCCUAACUGUAGAGGGUGCCAUUGCGCUUGUCACAUCCAUCAGGAAGAAUCCAAAAUCCAAGAUGGAAGAGAUCAACAUCUCAAAUGUGCUUGUGAAUGGAAGCUUCCUCAAGCUGCUGGAUGUGGUGUGUCAGGUGCACCCUGAAUUAGAUGUCAUCUAUGGUGGGGUUCGAGGCUUCAUCUCCAAGAAGCCUGAACAGCGUCCAGACCCCAUGAUGCUGAUUCAGAAUUACUUGGAUGAGCGCAAGUUGAGACUCUGGGAUUUCUUUAGAAACAUGGACAAAAACGGAAGUAUGAAGAUCCCUGUGGCAGAAUUCCGGAAAGCCAUGAUGCAGCAAUCAAGAAUUCCACUAGAUCGAGCCCAGAUUGGAGAACUGGUGCACAAAUUGGACCGACACCGGACAGGAAUGGUGGAUUACAGGAGCCUGGUGGACACACAGAAGCAGAUGGUACAAGACCAGCGGUGGCAGCUAAAGAGGGAAGAGUCACGGCAGAAGAAGGAGAAGCACAAGAGUGAGAGAGUGCUGCAGACUUUCAAGAGUGCCGUGGAAAUAGUCACAUCACGCAGUUCCCUGGUGAUGUGUUCUGGCCAGAAGCCACUGGCACUGCCCAAGUCUGACCCUGCCCACUUCUCAACCACUUCUCUCAGCUCAUGGUGCCAACCAGCCAUCACCGGGGAAUCCACAAGCAGCCAGAACUCUGCUGAGCCAGCAUUCACUGAGCAAAAGGGCCCCUCCAACCAUCAGCUGUCCCAGAGUGAACCACAUUCAGCUUCACGGGGCAUGUCAACCUCUGACCUGGAAGUGAAAUUUUACUCCCACCCCAACAUCAGCAUCUCAGAAGCCCAAACCCACUCCCAGUACAGCAUAGCAACCUCCGACCUGGAAACAUACUCCAAGGCCCAGUCUAGUGACAAUGCCAUUUCUUACAGGGUGAUGCCACGGGAGACCAGAAGUUCUGCUCACGAGUCCCACUACUUGGCCAGGAACUGCCAUGCUGCCUCAUCACCACAGAAGCAUGGGCACAGUGCUAAGUCAUCCAAAUGACAAAGCUGAGGUGAUGGGAAAUGACCAGCCCAACAAGGGAUCAGGGAAGUGGUGAUGGGGGUUUCAGAGGGUGAUAGUACAUAGGGAUGUGAAUGGUUUAUUUCCUGGUAACAAACCCAUCCCCUUUCUUCUAUCCCCUUUUCACUGCAGUUCAUCUGUGCUAUGCUACAGAAAUGCCCUACCUAGCCAAAUGCAAGCUACUAAAAUUCACACCUCUCAUAUACACUCAGGUGAGGGGAAAUAAUACCCAGCACCAUAAGGGACAGUGGGACUCCACAUUCUAGCUCACAGUCACCUGGAAGCUGAAGUGAUGACAAAACAAAGGUGAACCUGGUGUUCAGGCAGUCAGAUACCACCACAGUGAUGAACACAGUGUAAGUGGUUUGAUGAACAAGUUAGAUGGAAUAGGUAAGCAUGCUUCACUAUCUCAAGUGCUGGGUGAGCUGUUGGUACCCUGGGUUUGCUCCCCUAGUUAGGGUGUUGUACCUCACAGUGCCUUGGGUUACAGUGCUCCCUGGGUUAGAGUGCUGGAUGGGUAGGAGUGUCCUGGGUGUGCUCCCCUUGAAUGCUAGGUGAUUUCGGGUACCUCAAGUGGAUGUGAUUGUUGGUUGGGAUGUGAGUGCCCUGCAUGUGCUCAUUUAGUGGGAAUGAGGAUGUGCUCUCCUUGCUCCCCGAUUAAGGAGAGGGAUUCUUCACUCCUACUAGAUGAUCAAUGAGUAAUGGGAUGCAGUCAAGAACAAGAAAAUUUAAGUUACAUAUGAGUACAAACUUCCUAACCGUGAAAUGUAUUAGUGGUUCUCAACCUUGGGACUGAGACCCAGGCUGGGGCCCAAAGAUGCGUUCAUUGUGAGGGGAGUCACAAAACUGCAAAAUUUAAACUGGCAUUAGAAAACUGGUCUGUAGCCCUUGCGGUUGCAAAGAACAUCAGAACGGCCAUACUGGGUCAGACCAAUGGUUCAUCUAGCCCGGGAUCAUGUCUUCUGGCAGUGGCUUGUACCAGAUGCUUCAGAGGGAAUAAACAGAACAGGGCAAUUAUUGAAUGAUCCAUCCCCUGUUGUCCAGUCCCAGCUUCUGGCAGUUAGAGGCUUGUUGUUGUUGUUCAUCCUUAGAAUUCGAAGAUGACCAUGACAUAACUGGUUGGUUUGGUUUCUGUGAACACAUGAGUGGCUGAUCAGGCCAAUUUGAGCUUUGAACUGCCUGUGGCAAAUUAAACAAUAGAUGCUGCUAUGGGUUGCUUGAUUAAGAGCAGACAUGCUGCUGUUGUGAGAUUUAUGCUGCUGGUGCUUCUGCUCUGCCUCAGCAGUUCUCCUCUGCUCAUAGACUGUAGCUCCAGUAUGGAUGAGGCUUUGCCAGGUAGCACCAUCAUGAGCGAGAUCUUCCCAAAACUCUGGAUCAGUGUUGAACCGCCCCAAGGAUAACUUGAGGGAGUCCUUGAAACAUUUCUUUUGGCCUCCCUGAGAGCACUUUCCCUCCUUUAGCUCACCAUAAAAGAUCUUCUUUGGCAGUUGCUCAUCUGACAUUCUGGUGACAUGGCCUGCCCAUCUCAUCUGUGAUUUCAUCAACAGAGUAUGGAUGCUUGGAAUGUCUGCCCAUAUGAGAACCUCAGUAUCUGGGACCUUGUCUUGCCAUCUUAUCCUCAUCAGUUUCCUCAGACAGCCCACGUGAAAGUGAUUCAGCUUCAUAGCAUCGUGGCUGUACACCAUACAGGUUUCUCAUGCAUACAUCAAAGUUGGCAAUACAAUGUCUUUGUAGACCUUCAGAUUUGUUUGUUGACUAAUGCCUCUAUGCUCUCACACAUGUGUACGUAGUCUGCCAAAGGCCACACUUGCUUUGGCAAUUUUGGCAUUGGUUUCAUCAUCGAUGUGAACUGCACAUGAGAGUGUACUGCUGAGGCAGAUGAACUUGUCCACUGCCUGGAGGGUUUGGCCAUUCACUGUGAUAGCAGACUGUACAUAAGGCUUUCCUGGUGCAGGCUGGUACAUCACUUCUGUCUUGAUGUUGAUUAUGAGACCAAAGUUGUCACAAGCUGAAGAGAAAUGGUCCAUACUCUGCUGCAUGUCAGACUCAGAUUUGGCAUUCAGGGAACAGUCAUCAGCAAACAGAAGAUCACAAAGAGUGACUUCCUGUACCUUCGUCUUCACCUGUAGUCUCCUCAAAUUGAAGAGCUUGCCUUCAGUCUGGUAUCUGAUGCCAAUUCUAGUGUCACAGUCACAAAAAGCAUCCAUAAGCAUGGCAGAGAACAUCAUAUUGAAGAGAGUUGGGGCCAACACACAGCCCCGCUUGACUCCAUUGGUGACUGGGAAUGGUUCAGAUGAGUCACCGUCAUCCACAAUGUGAGCGAGAAUGCCACCAUGGAAUUGCCGAACCAUUGUGAUGAAUUUCUCUGGCAACCGAAUUUUACCAUGAUCUUCCAAAGGCCCUCCUGACUGACUGUAUCAAAUGCUUUUGUCAGGUCAAUGAAAGUCAUGUACAGGUUGGAGUUCUGUUCCUGGCAUUUCUCCUGAAGAUGACAAGCUGCAAACCCCAUUUCUAUAAUCCCGAGUCCUUUUCUGAAGCCACGCUGACUCUCAGGCAGGAGCCUUUGUUCAAUGUGUUGCAUAAGGUGAGUCAGCAGAAUUCUGUCAAGAAUUUUGCUGGCUACUGACAACAGGGAGAUGCCCCAAUAGUUGUUGUAGGAUUGUCUGUUGCCUUUCCACUUGUACAAGUGGACAAUGGAUGCAUCCUUGUACUCCUGGGAUAUAGUUCCUUGAGUCCACAUUGAUUGGAAAAAUUCAAUCAGUUUCAGAGCCAUGUGUGAGCCUCUGGCCUUGUAGACUUCAGCUGGUAUAACAUUUGCUCCAGGUGCUUUGCCAUUUGACAGCAGGUCAAUCACUUUCACAGUUUCAAUCAGCAUUGGGGGAUCAGCAAGAGAUGUGUUGAUAUCGAUCUUUGGCAGUCGAUCAUUUGCCUUCUCACUAAUAGAUGACUGUUGAUUGAGGAUGUGGUUAAAGUGUUCUGCCCACCUUUGCAGUAUCUUUUCUUUAUCAGUGAGCAGUGUGGUGCCAUCAGCACUCAGUAUUGGAGAUGUUCCUGAUGACCGUGGCCCGUAGAUUGUCCUCAGAGCAUCAUAGAAGUUCUUCAUGUCAUUCCUGUCUGGGUAGGACUGAAUUUCAUCUGCCUUGUUGCUUAGCCAUGAGUUUUCCAUUUUUCUAAGUUUGCAUUGGACAGGCCUUUUGAUGUUGUUGAAGGCUGGCUUCUUAGAUGUUGAAGUGCUGUCUUCUACACAGGCUUUAUGGAACUGAUGUUUCUCUUUCAAUAGUUCCCCUAUGUCAGUAUCGUUUUCAUCAAAUUAAUCUUGAUGUUUACGUGUGAUGGAACAGAGAGUAUUGGAUGAAGCUGAGUAUACAGAGUCUCUAAAAGAUGCCCAAUUUUCCUUAACGUUAUUAGAGUUUGCAUCAGUUGUUACAAGUUGGUUGUGCAGUUCUUCAGGAAAAGCUUGUUUCACAUUCUCCUGUUUCAGUUUGCAGUAGUCCUUUCUCCCUCCCAGCCCCCCCUCCCCCGUGUGUGUACAUAUGUAUUUAUAUAUACACAUAAACACAUAAUGGGCCCAAUUGUCCUCUUACUUAAACCUGUUUUACUCCUCUGUAAAUGCACUGAAUUUAAUGGAGUUUCUCCUGAUUUACAUCAGUGUAGAUGAGAGGAGAAUCAGGCCCAAUGUACAUAAAAUGUGGGUACGCAACAAAUAAAAGCAUAGAAGGACUAGAUGUGAUUUCCGUGUUCAAAAUGCACCAGUCUGAGUACUCUCUUAACACAUGUACAAAUGAGUCUAUUUUUCCUUUUACCCAAUGAAAUUUCAACCAUUAGUAUUAGAAUUUACAAAGAAGGAAAGUUAAACAAGUUGGGCCUCAGAGCUCCCUGGCUUCCAAAGACUUAAGUGAGUGUCCUGGGGCUGCAGCAUUUGCAGGAUCAAGACCUUUUUAGAAAAAUUUCACUAGAGGCCUAAUAAGAGCACCCAGAAUAGUAGGCACAAAUGAGACCAGUGAAGAAGGAGAAUCGUGAUGACGGAACAAGACAAAUGAGGCACUGGCUUGAUUGCAGUACAUGAUGCUUACAUGAAAUAUCGGGAAAAAUGAUUAUCAUGAUUUUAUUACUGAAUCUGUUAUGAGAUUUGGCUUGUAUGGUCAUUAUGUUUUGAUAAAUAAC